UGGUGCAGGAUGACGCGAUGGCCGAGAUGGAAUAAAUAAAUUGCUGGGACGGGGAGAGCAAGGGCGACGAGCGGUGACUCGGCCGAACGACGCUCAUCUCAUCUCUGCCCGACCAACGCCCGCCAUGGGCCUCUACCUGCUCGACUACGGCGCGGGCAACGUCCAGAGCCUCGCCAACUCGCUGCGGACGCUCGGACACGACUUCAAGUGGAUCUCGUCCCCCGACGAUUUCGACCGGGCCACCAGCCUCGUUUUCCCCGGCGUCGGCGCCUUCGAGACGGCCAUCGAUGGGCUCGUGUCCCGCGGCCUCCUCGAGCCCCUGCGCGCGUACGUCGGCUCGGGCAAACCCUAUCUCGGGAUCUGCAUCGGCAUGCAGGUCCUCUACCGGUCUUCCGCAGAGAACCCGGACGUCAAGGGCCUCGGCUUCAUCCCCUCGCCCGUCGAGCGCUUCGACGACGGCGACAAGGCGGUUCCCCACAUGGGAUGGAACUCUGCCGAGCAUCUCGACCCGACGGCCGCGCGUGGCGAAAUCGAGGAGGGCGACCACUUCUACUUUGUCCACUCGUACCGCGCCAAGUAUGACGUCGAGGCGUAUCCCGCGGCGGCGGAGUGGGCGUACACCACCACCCAAUACGGGCAAGAGGUCUUCGUGUCGAGCGUGCGGAAGGGCAACGUGUUCGGCACGCAGUUUCACCCCGAAAAGUCGGGUGCUGCGGGACUCAAGCUGCUCGACGCAUGGUUGAGCAAGACCGAGGACGAGCGGCGGGCACUACCCUCGAAUCCCCGGAGGCCGCAGCCUCCACGGCCCAAGGACGGCCUCACCAAGCGCAUCAUCGCGUGCAUGGACGUCCGCGCGAACGACGCUGGCGAUCUCGUCGUCACAAAAGGCGAUCAGUAUGACGUCCGCGAAAAGACGACGCCAUCCGCUUCGCUGCCUACCAAAACCGCCGGCUCCGUCCGCAAUCUGGGCAAACCCGUGGCGCUCGCGGCCCGAUACGCCGACGCAGGCGCGGACGAGCUCUGCCUGCUGAACAUCACCUCCUUCCGCCACUCGCCGCUGCACGAUCAGCCGAUGCUCGCCGUGGUCCGCGCCGCCGCCGAGUCCGUCUUCGUGCCGCUCACCAUCGGAGGCGGCAUCAAGGACACCGUCGAUCCGGAUGGCACGAAGCGCAGCGCGCUCGAGGUCGCCGGUGCGUACUUCCGCGCCGGCGCCGACAAGGUGAGCAUCGGCAGUGAGGCCGUGUAUGCCGUCGAGCGCCUGCGAGCCGGCGACCGGGACGGCUCUAGCGCCAUCGAAACGAUAGCCCGCGCGUAUGGGCGGCAAGCGGUCGUGGUCUCGGUGGACCCUCGCAGAGCAUACGUCGACCCAGACACGUACGAUGGGCCUUACAGGUCGGAACUCGUGUAUGGUAAAUUGGACGGACCGGAAGACGAGCGGGGCAAGGCCUGGUGGUACCAGUGCACCGUGUCAGGCGGACGAGAAAACCGCCCCCUCUCAGUCGUCGAGCUUUGCCGCGGAGUGGAAGAGCUGGGUGCCGGUGAACUGCUCGUGAACAGCAUCGAUCGGGACGGCACCGGGCGCGGUUUCGACCUCGACCUCGUCAAGUUGGUGAAGAGCGCGGUCAGGAUUCCCGUCGUGGCCAGCAGUGGGGCCGGCUCGGCGGAUCACUUUGUCCAGGUCUUCCAGCAGACCGAUGUCGAGUCCGCGCUGGCCGCAGGCAUCUUUCACAGGGGCGAAGUAGAGAUCGCGGACGUUAAGAAGGCGAUGGACGCGGCAGGCAUCAAUGCUAGACAAUAAAUGUACCUUUACACGAGACGGCUAUAAUUAGAUAAAAACCACUGUAUGUCUAUCCAUCGCUGCAAUAUCUUGUGAGG